UGAGCGCGCGCGCCGAAGAUGCCGUGCGUCUCGUGUGAUGCUGCAGAGCCGCGCGUCAUCACUGAGAGCGGUUGCUUCCCUCUGAUGCUGGUUUGGUUUUUUGACAUUUACCGACUUUAAUAUACAGAUACCGGGUAUCGCGUGACUAUACUAGUGUAGACAGUGUGAGCGCGCGCACAGAUGUGCUUUGAGAGACUGCGGUAAAAACCGCUUGCUCAUCCUCCGCGUGACGGAGAUAUCUGAGUGAGUUGAAGGAGUGCGUGUUACUGAGACGAGGAUUAAUCUCACGCUAGCUCGUCUAAAGCCGCAUCCAUCCAUCCUCCCGGGAGGCACGUUCCCCGGUAGAGAACGCGGCGGGAACAGCGCGGCGCUCCGGUCUCUCCUGGAACAAGGAGAAACCUCGUCCCGGUUGUGACAGUGUUAUGUGACAUCGACAGUCGACCAGUAACGAGCACCGGCUUUCCCUCUUUCACAUGGGCGAAGACGAGGAGCGGUUCAGCGUCCGGACCCACCGCGGAGGAAACGAAGAGAACGGAGACAGCAGCGGAGCGUCGCUGGACCCGGAGAGAGAGAGGAGAUAUGCGGAGCUGUUCGAGCAGCUGGACCUGAAUAAAGAUGGCAGGGUAGACAUCAGCGAGCUGAGGACAGGACUUGCGGCUCUUGGUUUGCACCGGGGAGAGGCGGAGGAGAUCGUCCUGGAGAGUGACAUCAACCACGAUGGUUUGCUGGACUUCCAGGAGUUUUCUCAGUACCUGCGGGCUCACGAGAAGAGGCUGCGGCUCAUCUUUCACAACCUUGACCGCAACAAUGAUGGUCGAAUUGAUGUGGCCGAGAUCCAGCACUCGCUGCACAAGCUCGGGGUGGAGGUCACCAUGGAGCAGGCCUCCAGAAUACUGCAGAGUAUGGACAGGGAUGGCACUAUGACCAUUGACUGGAAUGAAUGGCGAGAUCACUUCCUGUUCAACCCUUUCCACAACAUGGAGGAGAUUGUGCACUACUGGAAACACUCCCAUAUGUUUGACAUCGGGGAACAUCUGACAGUGCCAGAUGAGUUCUCAGAGCAGGAGCGGCGCUCAGGUCUGGUGUGGAGGCAGCUUGUUGCUGGAGCCAUGGCAGGGGCAGUGUCCCGAACAGGAACCGCUCCUCUGGACCGCCUCAAAGUUUUCCUGCAAGUGCACGGCUCCACGUCUCGGGGCAUUAAUCUGUGGUCCGGAUUGAGGGGGAUGGUCCAGGAGGGAGGUGUCUCCUCACUCUGGAGGGGAAACGGUAUCAACGUCCUCAAGAUUGCUCCUGAAUCUGCCAUUAAGUUUAUGGCCUAUGAACAGAUCAAGUGGGUAAUCCGAGGCAGUAAAGAGGGGGGCAGUUUAAGAGUACAAGAAAGGUUCAUUGCUGGCUCUCUGGCAGGAGCUAUUGCCCAGACCAUCAUCUACCCCAUGGAGGUGCUGAAGACUCGUCUCACUUUACGUAAGACGGGACAGUACUCUGGAAUGGCCGACUGUGCCAGACAAAUCCUGAAGACAGAGGGGGUACGAGCUUUCUACAGGGGCUACCUGCCAAAUACACUGGGCAUCAUCCCCUAUGCUGGCAUCGACCUGGCUGUGUAUGAGACUCUGAAGAACGCCUGGCUGCAGAGGUUCUGUGUAGAUUCAGCAGAUCCAGGAGUUCUGGUCCUGCUGGGCUGUGGCACCAUCUCCAGCACCUGUGGCCAGCUCGCGUCCUAUCCACUUGCUCUCAUCCGGACACGCAUGCAGGCACAAGCCAUCACUGAGGGGAAACCCAAGAUGACGAUGGUGGGCCAGUUCAAAUACAUCAUAUCCCAUGAAGGCGUACCAGGCCUGUAUCGUGGUAUCACCCCCAACUUCCUCAAAGUCAUUCCUGCUGUGAGCAUCUCCUAUGUGGUGUAUGAGCACAUGAAGAAAGUCCUGGGGGUGGGGUACUAGACUGAGACAAAGAAGAUGGACAAACAGCAAAAAAGGACAGAGAAGGCAAAGACUCAUUGUGCUGGUGGAGAGGUGAUGAAGCAGCUCCUCUGUUGUUCAGGAGGAGGUCAGAAAGGAACCAUGGCUCUGCUGUAGACUGCACUUCCUGUCGACACAUUCAGGUUUGAGCUUGUGUAACAUGCAGAUAGUUUGUCAGUAGAUCAUAUUCAUGUGUGGAGAAGAGGACGAGGUUUGACACUAUUAUACCACAUUUAUACAGGCCAUACAUCAACUCCCAGUGUAUUUCUAGUUUAUGCUCCACAGUUGAACAGUCAGGACAUUGUAACAGUUCAGACUGGGGUGUACUAAGUGUUUGACUGACUGAGAACAUACAGUAAUACUGGUGUCUUGAGAAACACAGGGUCAUUUCAUUUCAUCAUUCACUAAACAUCUCAGAGCGGUCAAGAUGAAAACGGCACUGCGUAAAGAAAUGGAGAAACAGAGAAUCGAACCAGCAGUUCAGAAGCUGAUCAGAUGUUAAAAUGCUGCACAGUGGUUCAUUAUUGAUAAAUUACUUUAUAAAGGAAGCUGUGCAUUCACCUGAUUGGCCAGUGCAGUCAGUCUCUGGUUGAUAUUGCUUUGUGUUGCAGUAAAGUCUAAUUGUUCUGCUGGACGUCCUGCUUGUUUGUGCUGGAGUGGCUCUGUAUUAGGACUGCUGCAGUGUUUUUUUCACUCAGUGCUAGAUGUGAAGAACACAGCCUUAAAACCCCAAAACUUGUUUUUGUCUGAAGUACUUUACAGUCAGAAGCUGUCUCUGUCUGUAUCCAGUUGAGGUUGGUGGGUUUGUGACUGCUGUUUUCAGAUUGCCUCCAUGGCAACCAUGACAGCCACAGAAACCACACAAUGUGAAACUGCACAGGAGAUCAUUUUAAUCAAUUAAAAUACUCAUAUAAUAUAUAUAGAUAUUUAAUAAUAUAUAACUCAUCUACACUAGCAGUGGACACACAUGUUAAUAUGAAUGGUCCUGGAGCAAUGCCAGCAUCAAACUUGGACUUUCCACUCUGGGUCAAUCAACACUGUUUAUCAUAUUAGUUAAACUUAGUACCUGUGUCAUUGCUAAUGCUUUCCUCCAGUUUGGAAUAACAGAGGGCUCACAAGUUACUACGACCAAACACAAACAAUAAGAAAAGCAAGUCCAAAUUUUUUUAAUUAAAAAAUGUGUUGUGGUGUGAUAAAAUACUUCCUGAAUAUGGCCUCAGGUACUUUGCACAAUACAAUGUCCUAUUUGUUUCACAUGUACACUGCAGUUCAUCAUACUGCUUAGUUUUCAGAUCAACAGACUGUUGACCCUGUAGAACCAGAAAGGACAGAACAUUUAGAUCCAUGGAAGCUUUGACUCAGUCAUAGAAACACAUGGGAUCUGACUGAAGGUGCAUGAUGUGCGAAAAUAGAAGUGCAUCAGCAUCUCUGUGCAAACAAAGAACUGUGAAACGGUAUCAACAGACUGUGAGGAGCUGAGUGUUUGAACAGCAAUCAAUACACUGGAGUUUUGUUUCUUAAUCAUUUUGACUGAGAAAUGAGGCAGUCCUUGACUUUAUGAAAUGUUGCUGUCCAAAUACUUCAAAGGCUCAGGGUGGAACUGUUACUUUUGAGGUGUAAGUAGUAGCCUCUAGUUUCAUCAUGGUGGGGUGCAAAGCCAGCAGUAACGAGACUGAAGAGGUUGAGCUAAUUAAAAAGCUGUCUCUGCUACUGACAUCACGUAGCUCAUCACAGUUUAACUCACUGAUAUCUCUCCAUGUCGUCUUAAUCCUAGUUAAAUAAAGCAAUCCCAAUUUAAGGUCCACUUACUAUCUUUUCCUGGAGCUUUCAAUUGUAUCACACAGGCUUAACAGCAAAUGUAGUUUGCUUAGUUGUCAUGGAGAUGGAAGUAUUGACAUACAAACUCAGCAUCAUCCUUAGUACUUUUUGUCCAUGUUAGCUAAGCUAGGUAUGAAAGUUCGUGGAAAUUGUAGUUUGAGCAAUGCAAUCCCAACUCAAAGUCCACUUACUGCAUUUUCAGGAGGUUUCAACCUGGGGCAACUAAGAAAAUUGAUGAUGAAAAUCGGGCUGUUGAAAGCUUUGGAAAACUCUAGUAAUAGACUGUACUGUGGGAGCCAGGAGGGCUGUCAGCGUCCCAGCAACCCUUUACUCAAAAGUAGAUUCAUCAUUUGUUAUCUUUGAUAUGAAUAUGUUAUUUUAAAAUGUUGGGGGGAGGGUAAUGCAGUAUGUUUUAAGUGAAGGAGAGGGUCCAUCUGAGGGCCUUUGUUAGAUAUAUUGACAGAAGAGAGAUGACAGGGAAAGAGAGGAGAGACACUGUGAAUAGUGAUCUACAUACACUGGUUCCUGGACUUGAAUCUGGGACAUAACAGUUCAUGGUUGACCUUAAAGUCUAAAGCAAGAAGUGCACAUGGUGCACUUACAAUGAAGCUAAAGAUUCAGCCCCCUGCCCCAACAGUGGGGCCAGUCCUAUAAAUGUGGAUGUCGCUGACUGACUGAGUGAUGAAGUGACACCACUGGAGUGUUGGAGAAACAAAUCUAGUGACUUUUUGGACAAACCUUAAAUACUGUCUGUAAAAGAAAGUCGUGCUGUCCCGUUGACCAUCUGCAAGCACACCUCUCUCCGCUGAACGUAUGGCAGCUGAUGUGAAUGAGCUUCAACAUUUCUCUGUGAGUGAUCAUGUUACAGUAAAUCCAACUGAGCUCACAGCUCAUUGUCGUUACUGAUGUGUUUGGUGGUUUUGUUAGAUGAUGUUAUGAAAUCAGGAUUUUAGGAGCAGCUUGAAGUGACUGCUGGUUAACAUGUCAUCUUAAUGGGCCACUUUUUCAGUCACUGUUUCAAAUUUGUUCUGUUGUGUAAGAUACUGUAUAUGUGAGCACAGAGAGGAGAGAAGAGAAAAGAUAAAGAGCUGAACCCAGCUGACCCUAGACUGAAACCAGCUGACCCUAGACUGAAACCAGCUGACCCUAGACUGAAACCAGCUGAUCCUAGACUGAAACCAGCUGACCCUAGACUGAAACCAGCUGACCCUAGACUGGAUGAUAAUACGAUAUGGUCCAGGCAGAUACAAGGUUUUGACCUGGUCUUGUACAGUCCCUCAGUAGACCCUUAGUUCGGAUUGUUUAGAAUUCUAUAUUAAACUUUACUAUAGUUAUAAUUUAUCAUAUCAUAUAGUACCAUAUGUACUGCUGUACAUGUCCAACAGUGGUGUUUAAUACUUUUUCAUAUAAUAUUAUAAGGGCUGUCAGUCUGUGUGUGCAGAUUCUCUGUUACUGUCCACCUGUUUACCACCAUGAUACUAGAGGCCAGUGUGAUCUGUGUGUAUUAAUGCAGAUGAUUGAGUCAUGACAAAUAUUUCAAACCCUCUGAUUUUCUGACUUAGAAUAUAUUUUGUAAAUUUAAAGUAUAUUGAACUAUUUUCGAUACCAAAAACCUCAACCAUAGCUAAGUGUCAGAGUAAGAGGGCGGAGUCAAAGGUAAGAAAGAGGUGAACAGGUGAUUGAGUGUGCAUCUGUGCAUGGUUUUAAAAAUCAUAUUUAGAUAUAACUUGAAUAUGAACUGCAUAAAAACUUUUUAUAGUAGUUUGUUGGUGCAGUUCUGAAGCAACUGCAUGUAGGUGUUACACUCCCAUAGACCCUGAAUGUCAUUAUUUGCAUAGUAGGCAAAUGUAUAACAUGUAUAUUAUUAUGCUUAUGAAUGCCUAAUUCCCUUAAGAGUUGAUUUUCUCUUUGUUUUUGCAAGCGUACUUGAAAUGAUGGAUGCUUGUUGCCACUGGGGCCUUGCAAGCAUGAUGUACAACAUUUUGAAAGCAUGGGUGCAUGUUUCUGAGCCUUUUUUCAAAGGUGUAGCCGGCUAGCUUCAGUGUGAGGACUGUAUCGCCUUUCAUCUAUCGGCUAUCCCCAACCCCCCCCAAAAAAAAGAAAAAAAAAGAGCUAUUGUAGAAUGAGUUUGAUAAGAAACAUGACAAAAAGAGCUUUCUAGUUUUGAUAAAUCAUCUAUGUCAGAUGAAUGUGUGCGUGCACUUUACAUGCCUCCAUGAUGGAAUUAAACCUGUGACAAAGAA